AGUUAGUAGUUUGAUGUAGCUAGGGCGUCAUUGAUCAUUAGAUUAUCUAAAACCCCCAUAGCAACAACGUCAACUUGGAACACAUUUCUCUUACAAACAGAUCUACAACGCGAAAAAGCUUCGUCACAAACCAACCUUUCCCUUCAACCGCCCAAAAUGGCUGCUCCGACCGAAGCCCAGAUUGCGCACCAGGAGCUCAUAGACAAGCUCGACAUUCACUCCAUCCACAAGAGCUUCCGAAACCCUCACUGGCGUCCCAACCAGCGACGCAACAAGAAUAUCAAAACCAUCCUCGGCGACGCCUCUCGCAAAGAGGCCACUUCCAUCGUCGCCACUCCUCAGGACAACAGCGGCGCUGUUACCCCCACACCUGCUGACGACGGGCUCUCGACUAGUGGUUCUUCGACGCCCGCGCAGCAGCCGGCUGGUGGUGCAAACAGCAACUCGAACUUGCAGCCGAAUCUUGCCCAAGCUUCACGUAGUUUGUCGAAGCUGGUGCUGGAGAAGAGCUUGCGACCGGGUGGAACUGCUGGAAGCGGAGGAGCAACGGUCUCAGCGCCUAGCGCGACGUACACGAACAUCGAAUCGGCGCCUUCACUUGCGCACACGAAGCGGUAUUGCGACGUUACCGGUCUCCCUGCCCCAUACUUGGAUCCCAAGAGUCGGCUACGAUAUCAUAGUAGGGAGGUGUUUGGCUUCAUCCGCACGCUACCACAGGGUGUGGCCGAGCAAUAUCUAGAGGCUAGAGGUGCACACACGGUCUUGAAAUGAAUGGAAUUAGACGGUUCGGGAUUUAUACCAGCGGUUUUAUCAAGCAUUACGAUGCUAUUCAAUUCUGCCCUGUCAUGUCUACCUCGAUCAUAGGACUUACAAGGACGAAUACCAUGUAUGAGGCUCUUUAAUAUUUGGGGAGAC